UUCGCUUCGAAGUAUUAGGCAGUCCACUCUCCGGCCUCCCUGACCCCCCAAUAAAAAUGUGACCCUUUCGGCCUUCUUCAGCUCUCGUCUCGCCUUCGCCCUCUCUUCCUCCGCCGUCGCCGCCUCUCUCUUUCAUCAGGCUUGUCGUCACCAGCGUGCCUGUAGAGCAGCAUCCAUUUCGGUCCGUUGCUUUAGGAUCCGCAAAACCAAGGUCAGGUCACGGCAAAAACUCUGGCUUCCAAUAAAGACUUUAGUUCCGCCACCGCCGACGCCCAAGGAAGCCUGGAGAAGGAGAUGGAAGAUCCGAAACGGAUGGAUCCCCGUGACCCCCUCAAGGACGUGGUGGCGGAUUGCACUCGGCGGUGGUUCCAGGAUGCGCUCAAAGAGGCCAAGGCCGGGGAUGUAGCGAUGCAGAUUAUGGUCGGUCAGAUGUACCAUGUUGGCUAUGGCGUCCCCAUAAAUGAACAAAAGGCACAUGCAUGGAUUACAAAAGCAUCUAAGUAUCGUUCAUCAUCUUGGAAGUUUAGCGGCAAACACCCAGGUUAUGGUGCUAGUGACUCAGACUCCUCCGAUGUGGAGAAUAUUGUGGUGAAAUCAUGAUCAGUGGUUGCUCAGUUUUGAAGAAGGAACAUUAACGUAGGACGGUUCUCACUUUUCUGGAUCACAUAUUGGCAUCUAUGGACAGCUCCAUCCCAUUACCCAUACCUAUUUCUAAACUCCGGUGCUCAAUCAAACUCGAUAUACAUUGAGAUCGAUUGGUUUCUCCUUGAGAAUCCACUAGUUUCUUCUGCAUCAGCUCAUUUUUAUUGCUUAUUUCUUUUCGUUCGCUGAGAACUCUCACACAUGAAUAUUUGAUGGCAUUCGACUAUUCGAGGUUUGGACCGUCGGCGUCGUGCCAUCUUAAUCUGGAAUUUCAGGUAGCUAAUUAAUAGUUUCUGGAUGAUAGGUUUGGCGUCUCUUUCUCAUUUAAUUACAACUGUAGGAAGCAUGGAUGAAAUAUGCACAAUGUUUCAAAUUCCCUCUAUUUAAAUCCUGUGUGACUUCUUGAA